AUGGGCUAUUCGAUUUUUCAAAUGACCCGCAGCAAUUCCUAUUACGAUAUGACAGAUCGAAACAUUAUGCGAAAACAAAUUGAACUUGAUAUUAGCAAAUCAUCAAAUAAUGAAGCUCCAGUUAAAAAUUUGAAAAUCGAAAAUUAUAUAGCAUGUCCACACCCUAUUUUGGACCCGUUCGACCCGAUCAUGAUGAAAUUCGUCCAAAAGGAGCCACCUUUGACCUGCGACCCGGAGGAGGAUUGGGUUACUAUCAAGGGAAACAUCGCGCGUAUCACCGACAAGGCUCUCAAGAAGUACGGUGACAUCCAGUGCAAAUUUAUGGACGUUUUGAGGGCCAACGAGUUCUCCACGUCGCUGGGCGUCGUGACCACCACUCACACAGAAUAUAAUUUGGAGACAUCGGACUUUUUCAGAGUUUACUGUGAGUCGGAAAACGGCCAAUUCAGUUGGGAGAGCCGCAUGGCCGGCAUACGAUUCGACGAGGAUGUGAUCAAUAGAGCCGGAUGGGACCAGGUGCCCAAAGACGGGUUAGGCCUCAACGUUCUAAUGAUAGGAUUGGACUCUAUGUCAAACAUGAUGGUGCAGAGAAUACUGCCAAAGGUUUAUUCCAAACUCAAGUCUAUGGGAGCACGCGUGCUCAAUGGCUACAACAUUGUCGGCGACGGGACUCCGCAGGCGUUGAUACCGAUUUUGACAGGACGCACUGAACUGGAGCUUCCGGACACUAGGAAACGCAUGGGGAACAAAGCGUCAUACGUGGACGUCUACCCGUUCAUAUGGAACGAGUUCAAGAAACACGGCUACGUCACUGGUUAUGCUGAAGAUGUUCCGGACGUUGGCAUAUUUACUUACAGGCUAAAAGGAUUUGACCAACAGCCGACCGAUCAUUAUAUGCGAUCAUAUUACGUAGACGCGUCGCCAAUGUUCAAACAACAAAAGCCUUUUUGUUACGGUUCUCUACCUAGACACAAGAUAAUGCUCAACUACAUCAAAGACAUGUUUCGGGUGUACGAAGAUAAGCCAAAGUUCAUGUUUGCAUUCCAAGGCGAAUUAUCCCAUGACUAUGCAAGCAAGGUAUCAGUCGCGGAAAACGACCUGGUUGAGUGGUUGGAAUGGUUUGAGAAGUCUGGUUACCUGAACAACACCAUGCUGGUGUUUAUGAGCGAUCACGGUCAGAGGUUUGCUUCGGUGCGCGACACACAACAAGGCAAACUCGAAGAGCGGAUGCCAUUUUUCUCAUUCGUGCUACCUAAAUGGUUUGACCGAAAAUAUCCGACAAUGGCGUCCAACCUGGACAACAACACCAACCGUUUGACAACCCCUUUCGAUAUAUACUCAACACUGAUGAGUGUCCUGCAUCGAGAAGAGCCUAAAACCGACGACGUGAACAAGCGUUCAAUAUCACUGUUCAACGAGAUACCGCUGGAGAGGACGUGCAGAGACGCAUAUAUCGAACCUCAUUGGUGCGCUUGUUUGAAGUGGCAGCCGAUAAGCGUGGAUAGUUCGUUGGCCGUCGACGCAGCAGCAAACUUUGCACAGUUUCUCAACAGGUUUAACUCAGAGUACAGUGACCUGUGUGCGCCGGUGGAGAUCGAUCGGAUCGAAUGGGCCAACAAGAUGGCACCCAACGAAGGGCUGUUGAAAUUCCACCAGGCCGCCGACACUGAUGGAUUCGUACCCGACAUGUCGGCCAACACCAAAAUAACCGACAUCUAUCUGCAGAUAAAAGUGAUCUCUAGAAGGCCUGCCAAGGCCGUGUUCGAAUUUUCGUGCCAGUACAACAGUAACACCAGACGGUACACGGUUUACGAAAAACAUAUCAGCAGAAUUAAUCAGUACGGAAACCAAAGUUGGUGCGUCGCGAAAACCCAACCUCAACUUAACAAGUACUGUUACUGCAAACAACCAAACUGA